AUGGACCAAUGGCCCGACAUUGAUCAACAAGAUUCUUCAGUACCCGACUCUCUCAGCGAGAAACUCGUCUUCGCCUCAAUAAUUAUGAUGAUCCUUUUCAUCUUCAUCUUCAUCUUGUUCAUCUGGCUCCUCCCUGACGACGUCACCCGACAUCUUAACCACCAAAACCGGUCCAUCCGAUAUCCUAACCCCCGAAACCGGUCCACCCAACACCCUAACCCCCAAAACCGGUCCACCCGUAUUGGCUACAACAAUAUACCACUUGCUCCCUGCUCAAAUGGGCUCAACGCGUCAAUAUUAAAGUCACUCCCAUUAUUUGUUUACUCGGCUGAAACCAAAACCGAAACCAAAACAAAUGCGGAUGUUGUGGAUUGUGCUGUGUGUUUGGCGGAGUUUGAAAACGGUGAGAAGUUUCGGGUUUUACCGAAUUGUAAGCAUUGUUUUCAUACCAGGUGUAUUGACAUGUGGUUUUAUAAUCAUUCUACUUGCCCGCUUUGCCGGGCCCCGGUUGAACCGGUUCAAAAGGUACCUGAACCCGGUCCAAGUGCACCAUAUAUUGGGAGGGCUUCAGAGGAGGAUAGGAGGAAACGAGUUAAUGUUAGAAUAGAUGUGCAUGCUAACGAGUUGGUGACGGAGAAUGCGUUACUGAUGGUGUCAUCGAGUCGAAUUUCGCAUGUGGUUUCGCAGUUGUCUGGUGCCGGACCGAGUUGUGUAGCAGUUGGCACUGAGUCAGAUGUUGAGUUAGCAAGGCAAGAGUCAUAG